CUUGCGUAAAUCCCUAUGCUCGUCAUCGCCAUACUAAUCUAGCCAUUCUUUUCUUUCCGUAAUUCAGGUUCCUCAUCAAAAUAACCAAGUGAAUGAAACAAACCUUAUAGUGUUAUUCAACCCCGUAAAUUAAUGUUUAAGUUGAUGCUUUUUCAUCAUUUAUAUUUGCACUUCCAGCUUUCGUUAAGCUGGUAUGUGUCCAGUGAGCAGUGAAUGAAAUCUAAUUCCGUGUAAACUCCAUAUUUUGUGAUUACGAAAAAUUCACAUCUAGUUCCUAGUGUUUAACUGUAGCUGAGAAGAUGCUGAAAAUGGAAACUGAUAAAAUAGAAGAUUCGACUAAUAGUGAAUAUCCAAUGACGCUGUUGCAACCCUAUGAUACAGCAAGAAAAAAAGAAAUAACUGCAGAGCGGGAGACUUGCUUAAAGAUGUUUGAAAAGUGGAAUGAGACUGAUCAAGUGGAAUUCGUGGAAAACCUUUUAGCUAGGAUGUGUCAUUAUCAACAUGGACACAUAAAUUCCUAUCUCAAGCCAAUGUUACAGCGUGACUUUAUAUCUCUUUUGCCAAAGAAAGGUCUGGAUCAUGUGGCUGAGAAUAUACUGUCUUAUUUGGACGCCGAAAGUUUGAAAAAUGCCGAAAUUGUAUGCAAAGAGUGGUAUCGUGUCAUAUCCGAAGGUAUGCUAUGGAAAAAGCUCAUAGAAAGAAAAGUAAGGACUGACACUCUGUGGAGGGGUUUGGCUGAGAGAAGGCAGUGGAUCCAGUAUCUAUUCAAGCCCAGACCUGGAGAGCAUCACAGGCCACAUGCAUUCUACAGAUCACUCUAUCCAAGAAUCAUCAAGGACAUCGAGACAAUCGAAAGCAACUGGCGCAACGGCAGACACAUAUUGCAGAAGAUCAAUUGUCGAUCGGAGAACAGUAAGGGCGUAUACUGUCUUCAGUACGACGACCAGAAGAUCGUGUCCGGCCUGAGGGACAACACGAUCAAGCUGUGGGACAGGAGCACUUUGCAGUGCACAAAAGUUUUGACAGGUCACACUGGUUCUGUGCUCUGCCUCCAGUACGACGACAAAGUCAUAAUAAGCGGAUCCAGUGACUCGACUGUGAGAGUAUGGAACGUCCAUUCCGGCCAGAUGGUACACUCUCUGAUACAUCACUGCGAGGCGGUGUUGCACUUGAGGUUCAACAAUGGAAUGAUGGUUACUUGCUCCAAGGAUCGUUCCAUUGCAGUCUGGGAUAUGACAUCACAAACCGAGAUAAACUUGAGGAGAGUUUUGGUUGGUCAUAGGGCGGCUGUGAACGUUGUCGAUUUCGACGAGAAGUACAUAGUGUCUGCUAGUGGUGAUCGGACAAUAAAAGUUUGGAACACUUCCACAUGUGAGUUCGUGCGUACUUUAACCGGCCACAAACGAGGCAUAGCAUGUUUGCAGUACAGAGAUCGUUUGGUUGUGAGUGGCAGUUCAGAUAAUACAAUUAGGUUAUGGGAUAUCGAAUGUGGAGUGUGUUUGCGGACGCUAGAGGGACAUGAGGAGUUGGUCCGUUGUAUUCGAUUCGACACGAAACGGAUAGUCAGCGGAGCCUAUGACGGUAAAAUUAAGGUUUGGGAUCUCGUGGCUGCAUUGGAUCCUAGAGCGCCUACAAGUUCACUUUGUUUGAGAACCCUUGUGGAACAUACUGGCAGAGUAUUCCGACUGCAAUUUGACGAAUUUCAAAUUGUGAGUAGUUCGCAUGACGAUACCAUACUGAUAUGGGACUUUUUGAAUUCAGAUACAUCUAUAUCACCUCCACCUUCCGAGUGAGAAUCCGGUUGAGAGAACCAAGCCAAGGUCGAAUUAGGAUAACUAAGUGCAUCCCAUGGAUGCAGCUCUAUAGAAAAGGAUGGUAACUAGUGGUGGAAGAUUAAGAAACCAGGAGAGAGAGAGAGAGUGAUGCUAGCGGAGUUUCUCGAUUCCUUAAAUCUUCAAAAUCACCUUAAGAGUCUGCUUUUUGUGUUUAUGUCGAACUAUCGAAUACUUUAGGUAUUGUGAUUUUUUACUGUUGAGGAGUUACUAUAACGAUAUUGUUUUUCACAUAUAUCAUUUUUUUUUUGUUAAUAUUUAUACAUGUAUCUUCAUGACAUAUUAUAAUUGUACAAAAUUGUAAAGUUAUUAAAUUAAUACAUUGUUUAUUGAUUUAUAUGAAAUAAUGGCUUCAUAUUUCGAUGCGGUGCAUUAUUUGUUAUUGUAUUUAUCUGUAUAUGAGAAAAUAUGAGAGAUUUAUUCAGUGGAGUGAAUUAUUGUACCAUUGAAUUUUCUGAUAAUCUUAUUCUGAACUAUAUAAAGGAUCGUUUGUUUCCUUUAUCUGCAAUUAUUUUUUUUGUUGAGAUUUUUAAUAAAAAAAAUUUAAGACA